AUGAGUAAUAGUUUGUAUCACUUAUUUCUGCUGAGUUUCAUGUUAUCAGUUCACUGCAAAAUCAAGGUUUCAGAGGUCUGUUCAUGUACGGAUUUGAAAUCAGAGAAUGAUUGUUAAUAAAAUGUCAAAUGCCAAUGGAAGAGCAACUCUUGUGCAGAGAGAGUGGAUGAGCCAAUAAGCGAGACUGAACCAGAGAGUGUUUAUUGCAAAGAUUUGACACAAGAGGUUUGUAUAAACAGACUGGGUUGUGCAUACUACAAUAAAAAAUGCAUUCAAUUUAGUGGGUGCACUAGCUAUGUCUAUACAACUCAUAUUGAAUGUUAAUAGGUAAGUAUGUAAUGUACAAGUGAUGGAAUAUAGUGUAUCAUACCAAGGGAAUGCUCUUUGAAUGAAAGCGAACCUUUGUGUAGUACAGUGACAAGUUCCUCAGGAUCAAAGAAAUGCGUUUGGGAAAAAACUGCUUGCAGAGAUUAGAGAUGCGAAGAAGCUCCUGAGUAUCUGAAUAAUGACGAAGCUUGUAAUUCUUUUAUCAAUGGAUGUGUCACAAGCGGGAGAGGAUGUGUAACUAAAAGAGUGAAUUGCUAUUAUUAUGCCAAAGAUUGCGAUGGCAUGAUUGGAAGUGAUGGUUAAUGCGAAUCAAAGAAUGAUAAAUGCUAAUCUAAGGAUUGUGCCAGUGCUCCAUUGACAUAUUAUACAGACCAAUAAUGUCAAUCCUUUAGAAAAGGGUGUAGAACUACCGGAAUCGGAUGUACGGAUUAGGCAUUGAAAUCCUGUACCACCUACACAGGAGAUAGUGAUUAGUGUUUGAAGUACAUAGGAAAUACGGGUAAGUGUGAAGAAGGAAUCAAGGGAAAAUGUUAAGCAAGAGUAUGCGAAAAUGCACCAAAUAAAUAUUCCACUGAUGAAGAAUGUAAAUCAUAUUCAUCUAAGUGCAAAACAACAGGGAUUGGUUGUGUUACCAUCCUAUUGAAUUGUAGUUCGUAUAGAGGUCUUAGAUCUGAAUGUGAAAGAAGAAUAGGGGCAGAUGGAAAAUGCACUAGUCCAAGUUAUGAGGAAUCUUAAUAAUGUAGUGCCAAGGUUUGUUCGGAUGCCCAAUUUUCAACCAAUAGUGAAUGUGGAGAUUAUUAAUAUAAUUGCAUUUCUAAUGGUGUUGAAUGUACUACAUUGUUGAUGAAUUGUAAUAAAUAUAAGGGGGAUGCUGAAAAAUGCAAGAAGUACGUAGGAAUAGAUGGUAAGUGUGCAUAAGGAUCAGAUGGAUAUUGUGCAAUUAAUGCUUGUGAGAAUGGCAAAUUUAAAACUAAUGAAGAAUGCAAGAAUGUUCAAUCAUAUUGUUUAAGUAAUGGAACCAAGUGUGUCUAGAGUGACACUUGUCCUAACACUGUAUAGUAGAUAACUUGUUUGGCAAGUGAUAAAUGCUAAUGGACUGAAUAGUGUGUGACAAAUCAAUGUUAGUAUUUUCCGACUAAGGGAAUGUGUCUAAGACAUUCAUCCAAUGUUGAAUGUUUCUGGGAUGGUUUAACUUGUGUUGACAAAUAAUGCAAACAUGCUGGCUUGGAAUACAGGACCAAUACAGAAUGCUAAUAUUUUCUAUAGAAAUGUGUUGCUAAUGGUUAGGGAUGUGUGGAUGUCUCAGCUCCUUGUGAAGAUUACUUUGGAGAUGAAGAUACUUGCACAUAUUACAAAGGCAAUAAUGGUAAAAUUCCAUGUGUUUACAAUUCUGCUACUUAAUAAUGCCGUUCAAUGGUGUGUUAAGAUAUUUUAUCUGCUCAAUCCCAGUAAGAUUGUGAUAAGAGUUUAGAGGGAUGCAAAUUUAAUGGCAAGUAUGGAUGCGUUAAUUAAAAUGCAGAAUGUAAUGAAUUUUAUGGAAAUUCCUAAUAGUGUUAUGCUUUGAAUAGCAAAUGUUCACAAAAUCUAGGAGAAGUCGGAAACUGUCGUCCUUUGGAAUGCUAUGACAAUUAGGGAGCAUUGGAAGAUUAUGAAUGUAAUUUGUUUAAAUCUGGAUGUGUAACCAAGGGAGUUGGAUGUAUAGCAUCAACAGCUCCAUGCACAUAAUAUUUUGGAAAUUCAAUAGAUGAUUGUUCUAAAUUUGUUGGGAAUGGAAAGAAAUGUUGGUAUGAGUAAGGAUUUUCAGGUUAAUGCGCAGAUAAAUAAUGUAGUCACAAUGUCGAUGCGUAGAAUGAUUAGGAAUGUAAUAAGUUCUUGUAAGGGUGUGUAUUCAAUGAGAAGGGGUGUCAAGAUGCAGAGUUACCUUGUGAUACUUAUUAAGGGGAUGAGGAUAAAUGUUCAAAAUACAGGGGAAAUGGAUUACAAUGUGUAAGAAUAGACUAUUGUGAGGAUCGCAAGUGUUCAGAUGUACAAAACCCAUUGUCUUUGAAGGAAUGCGAAGAAUAUCUACAUAGUUGUGCUUUUGAUGGUGGAAAAUGCAUAGAAAAAUAAGAUAGUUGUGAUUAUUAUUAUGGAUACUCAUAAGAAUAAUGCCAAAUAUUGGUUAAUGUAGAUGGGGAUUUAUGUACAAUUGGGGAGAUAAAUUUAUAUUGCUCUAAUCGUAAGUGUAAGGAUGCACAAAAUGUUAAAUCAUAACAGGAUUGCACGUCUUAUAGAAAUAACUGCAUUUUCAAUGGAAUUGAUAAGUGUGAAGAGGUUUAAGAUAGUUGUUCAACAUACAGUGGGUUUUCUGAAUAGGGAUGCAAGGAUGCAAGAAAUAAAGCAUAGAAAGGUUGUUGGUUUGAUAGUAACGGGAAGUGUAAGGAAAGAACAUGUGCAGAAGUAUUGACAGAGUAUUCAAGUGAGAUUUGUUAAUAACACGAUUCCAGUUGUAUUUAUACUGGAUCGAAGUGUGCUAAGAAAUAGAGCAGUUGCAGUGAUUAUAAAACAUUGAGUCUGAGUGAGUGUAGAUUCUUACCUGGUUGUUGGAAAUCUGAAGAUAACAAUGAUCCAUGUUAAGAUAGACAAUGUAGUGAUGAAGUGGAGUCUAUUUCAGAUUCAGCUUGUAGAAAUCAUCUAAAGACAUGCAGAUUUGAUGGUGACAGUAAGUGUGUGGAUGAAUAGGAUAACUGCACUGGGUAUGUUAAUUUCACUCUGAGUGCUUGUUAGGUAGUCACUAACAAAAAGGGGGAGUACUGUUGGUUCAAGGAAGCAAGUUCAACCUGUGUGAAUAGAACUUGUUAAGAUACUCUGCCAUUCUAUUCUGCUGAGGAUUGUGUUAAUCAUCUGAGUACUUGUAGGUAUUAUGGAAUUAAGUGCUAAGAUGCAAAAGAUACAUGUUCUCAAUAUAUUGGAUUUUCCAAAGAUGCCUGUUCAUAAGUUACAACUAAAACCAAUCUGUCUUGUUGGUAUUAAGAUCUGGGUAGUAUUUGCAUUAAUGCAUCAUGUGAUGAUUACAUCAAGGAUGCUUCAUAAGAAAAUUGUAAAAAGCAUCUACCUUCAUGUAGAUAUAAUGGGACUAGAUGUAUUUAAGCAACAGCGAACUGCAAUCAAUACAUAGGUUCUAAUUAGUUAUGUACUUAAUUAACUGAUGCUAGCAAUAAUUAAUGUUGGUAUGAUAUCAGAAAUAAUUAAGGAAUGGAUAAUAAUUGCAUAUUAAAGGAAUGUUCUAAUAGAUAAAAUCUUUAUAGUUUAGACGUGUGUUAAUAGUAUAUUGGUAAAACUGUUGAUGGCAAGUACAUUCCAAGUUGUACAUAUGAUGGAAUCAAAUGCAUAAAUAUUUAGACCUAUUGCUCUCAAUAUAUUGGAUACAACAGGUAAUAAUGUAUAAAUGUGACUACACUAAGUGGUGAGAGUUGUUUCUAGGAUCUAAAAAACACUAAUAUGACAUGUAGAACCAGAAGAUGUUCAGAUAAUUAGACAGCUGUGAAUGAUGUUCAAUGCGAUCUAUUUUUAAAGGGGUGUGUGACUACUGGUAGAGGAUGCACAGAAUCAGCAUAAACGUGUAACACUUACUAAGGCACUUAAUCCAGUUGCUUGAAAUUUGUAGGUAAUGGAAAGAAAUGCAGAGGAUCGAAUGUAACUACAAGAUGUUCAGUUAGAGAAUGUUUCCAUGAUCAACAAUCUACUACAGAUAUUGAGUGUAACUCAUUUAUGGAUGGGUGUGUAACCAAUGGCAAAGGUUGUAUUUCUUCUUUGGAACCCUGCUCCAGUUAUAUUGGGAAUCUUUAAACAUGUUCUUAAUUCAAGGGAAAUGGAAGAUUGUGCUAUUCAGAUAGUCUUGUUGAAAUUCAAACUUGCAGAGAUAGACUAUGUUCUGACAAUACCAAGGCUAUUCUUGACUCUGAUUGUAAUAAAUUCAUGCCAGGUUGUAUCAGUAAAGGAGUUGGAUGCAUCGAAGAUACACAACCAUGUUCUAGUUAUUAUGGAACUUAAGCAUUGUGUAGUAGAUUCAAAGGAGAAAAAGGUACUAAGCCAUGUUGGAAUGACGGUGAUGCAACCAGUAGCACCAGAUGCAUAAAUAGAGAGUGUAAUCAUUUGUCAAGAGGUACCAAUGAUGUAGUGUGUAAUUCAUUUUUGGAAGGGUGUGUUAGUGAUGGGUUCCAAUGUCUGACAAAACGUAAUUGCUCUUAAUUCUAUGGAAGUGCUAAUACUUGUAUCCUAUUUGAUGCUUUGGAUAAACCAUGCAAAGGAAUUGAUCAUACUAUUUAAUAAUGUCAAAAACUGUUAUGCUCAGAUGCACCAAAUAAUUAUAAUACAGAUGAAAAAUGCAAUCAGUUUAAAUCUGGAUGUAAAACGACAGGGUAUGGAUGUGCUGAUAGUGAUAAAUGUGAAAUGUUAGUCUCGAAAUCUUUGUGUAAGAUAAGAUCUGAUUGCUAGUAUAUUGAUGGAUGCCUAAAUAACACAAAAUUAUGUUAACAAAUCACUAAGUAUUCUUAAUGUUUGAAUAAUGCCAAUAUGAAAUGUAGUUGGAAUUUUGUAACUCAAAAGUGCAGAGAAUGGGUCUGUUCAGAUGCAAGUGUUCUAUUAAAAAAACACGAAAAUUGUUAGGCCUUGAAUUCUAAUUGUACAACUACAGGAAAUGGUUGCAUUGAAAUCAAUCAAUGUAACAAAUACAUGAACAAACAAACAUGUCUAACUGCCAUUUCCUUAGGAUAUUUAAAGAAGUGUGUUUGGGAAAUUAAUAGCUGCAGAGACAAAGUGUGUGAAGAUGCACCUAUAUCUUAUACUGAAGAUUCAGUUUGCUAAUAAAUAUCAUCUGAAUGCAUAACAGCUGGUAAUGGUUGCACUCGCAAACAAUAUGCUUGUGAAAAUCUUAACAUCAAAUCUAAAUGCACAAAAGAUUAUUAAGGUCGUCCCUGUCUUUGGAUUACUUAAACCAAUACUUGCAUGACAUAUUCACAAUGUUCAGACAUCAGUAAAACCACAUUUGCAGAAUGCUAAGUCUAUUCUAAGCUAUGCACUAGUAAUGGUGAAAAUUGCAUGCCCUUAUCCAAAUGUGCUCAAUACACUAAUACUAUUAGUUGUAACACUGGUACAGAUGGAGUUUGUGGAUGGGUAAUCGGGUAAUCAGAUCAAAUGCAAAGAUGUCAAGUAUUUUAAUAAUGUUCUGAUAUUUUUGGAAGCACUAAAGAAGACUGUUAAUAUUACUCAAAUACUUGUACGUCUGAUGGUGUAAAAUGCAUACAAAUUGGAAAUUGCUCAUCUUAUUUAACCAAAAUCGCUUGUAGCUCAGAUGGAAAGGAUGGCUCUUGUUUUUGGGAUUAAUCCUCAGAAUAAGCUGAAUGCAGACUAUAGUCAUGUCCUGAUGUUCCCUUAGUCUCACAAAUGACAUACGAAUAUUGUUCAUCAUUCAAUUCCAAACUAAAUUGUACCACCGAUGGAACUAAAUGCAUGAGUAAAUCAAAUUGUUCUGACUAUCUUGAAUAGUCCUGUUACGAGGGCAUAGAUGGACCAUGCAUUUUUACUUUCCCCUUAAAUAGACCCUCUGGUACUAAAUUGUGUAGAGUUAAAGAUUGUGUCGAUUAUCAAGAAAGAACAACUGCAGCUUGUUCUAAAUUAAAGUCUGGCUGUAUCUCAGAUGGCGUUAAAUGUCUUUAAAAACAAAAAUGUUCUGAUUAUACUACCUAAACAGCAUGUGAAUCUGAUGGACUUGAUGGCAUAUGUAUCUUUGAUGGCCAAAAUUGUUCGUUGAUGUCUAAAUGUGAAGAUGCCAAUGAUAGUUUUACUGCAUGUUCUAAGAAAUCUAAAGUGUGCUAUUUUGACUAUACUAAAUAAAACAACACAGAAGUAACAACUUGCAAAUCCAUUACGUGCAGUAACAGUACAGACUGUUCUCCAAUUCUGAACUUCGAUGAAACCUUAAUUACUGUGUGUAUUUAGAAAACCCAAAGCGAGUGCGUUGAAGAAGAACCAUACAAGCUUGCAUAAAGUAGAUGUUACUCUAAGAGUCUUUUUACUUAUUAAUGGAACACAGCUACUUCUUAAUGUGAAAAGUGUGUCAAAUCGUAGGUAAUCAACACACCUUCAAUAACUGACAUUUAUCAAGGGAUACUUACAUCUAUCAUUCUAGUAUUUUUAAUCGUAGCCAUUUGA